AUGAGAGCGUUCAAUUGGUCCAGUUUCGCACUGGGUAUUGGCACCAUCAAUGCAUUUACCUGCGACCCGACUUCACUUCAGGAGUACCUUGGAUCUGGGAUCAGUGUGACUUCAGCAAAAUACUUGGCGAAUAAUGCUACUUUUGAAGUUCCCUCGAGCGAUAUCGGCUUCCCGACAUCCCCUACCAAUCUCCCGGCCCUCUGUGCCCUCGAAGUGAAAGUGCCCUCAACCAGCAAUUCGUCUUAUAGCUUUGGGCUUUUCCUUCCAGAUGACUGGAAUGGCCGUUUCUUGGCCGUUGGGAAUAGCGGCUUCGCCGGAGGCAUCAACUGGUUAGACAUGGGAGCCGGUGUGAAAUAUGGGUUCGCAACCAUCUCCACCGAUACUGGCCAUAGCAGCACAUUACUCGACGCAAGCUGGGCCGAGAACGAUCCCGAAGCGUUCGUUGACUGGUCCUAUCGUGCGUUACAUGGAUCAGUCCUCGUAGCCAAAGAUUUAACCCAGAAGUAUUAUGGGAAGGGUCCUGCGUUCAGUUACUACACAGGUUGUUCCACCGGUGGCAGGCAGGGCUUGAAGGAAGCCGAAAUAUUUCCCGAUGACUUUGACGGUAUCGUAGCAGGAGCCCCUGCUUGGUGGACUGUGCAUCUGCAGCUCUGGAACAUGAAAGUUGGGAUGUAUAACUUACCAACAGAUGCUCCCCAUCAUAUUCCUCAGGAGCUAUUUCCAAUUAUCGGCGCGGAGGUAUUGAGACAAUGCGAUGGCUCAGAUGGUGUGAUCGACAAUAUUAUCUCCGACCCAAGGUGCUGCAAUUUCGACCCUGAGACCCUACUCUGUCCAGGAACCACUGCUGGUGGAUGUUUAACUAGCCCUCAACUUGAUACACUCUACCAUCUGUAUGGGGACUGGGUUGAAGCGAACCAGACGUUUGUAUUCCCACACCUGGAACUUGGAAGUGAAGGGAACUGGGGCAUGCUUCUUGGUUCAGACGAGCCAACCACUCUCGGCACCGACUAUGUCAAGUAUGUGCUCGGACUCGGCUCGAAUUGGACAUGGCAAGAUUUCAACCCCAGUGUCCUUGCCCUAUCUGAAAAGCUAAACCCGGGCAAUGCCACUGCUGGAUUCGAUCUUUCAGCAUUCUCAAAGAAGGGUGGCAAGAUCCUUCAUUAUCACGGUCUUUCGGAUGGCGCUAUCGCUGCUGGUAGUAGCUUGUACUACUAUAACCAUGUCCUUAGAACGCUGAAGCCGAGAGGUAUCGAUCUGGACGGCUUCUAUCGCUACUUCAUGGUCCCGGGUCUAGAACACUGCACAGGCACUUCAUCUACCAUGAAUGCGCCCUGGUACUUCGCAGGCGCAAAUCAGGCAGGGGCACUAGGAACCGGCGUCAGCAGCGUACCUGGAUUUGCUGACGCAGAACAUGACGUCCUCCUCGCCAUGAUGGCGUGGGUUGAAAGGGGCCAGGCACCAGAGUAUAUCAUCGGAACCAAAUGGAACAAUGAUACGCUCCAGGAUGAGGUGGCUAGACAGAGACCAUUGUGCAUGUAUCCGAAACAGGCGAUGUAUAUUGGGACGGGCGAUGUAGAUGAUCCGCAGAAUUGGGCAUGCGAGAUGCUCUACGGGGGAAAUGGAUUGCGAAAGAAUAAUUGAGUUCCUCAACUUGAUUGAUGUGUCAAAUAGCCAGAUAUCCGAUUGCAUUAAAAACUCAAUUUGGCGAAGACUCUCCGAACGGCCGGCUUCAUUUCUUGAAGCUCAGUCUACGUGCCCAGUUCUUGACUCGGUCAUGUUUAGCUAGCACAUUCUCAUAAU